AAAUAAUUCUGUCAAAAUAGUAAUGUCUCUUCCGAAGAUAUUGGUCAUUUACAAAGAGAAGGAAUGUACUAGGACUCUAUCCCAACUGCUAGCUUUAAUCCAAUACAUGUGUCCUCUAGGUGAGAUCUCAGAGAAGCAGGAGCUCAGUAUUGAAGACAUAAAGGAAGGGCAGGAAUACGAUGUGCACAUCAGUACGAAAUAUUAUGAUGCUGAUGCUCAAAUCGUGUUUUAUCACUACCAUCCUGACGAUAUUGACGAUAUUGACGAUAUUGUCAGUGCAGUUGAUAACCUGAACAUAGUAAUUCACCUAUUUGAGCAAGAAGAGGAGCUUGAUGACUACCUCAAAUUCGUAUUAGCGUUUUCGAAGAAAGUUGAGGCAGAGAUGUCCCUUUUGGUACAUAAUAGCGAGAAAGACAAACUUGAGGAUAAGUAUGAGAAAUUGAUCCAUACACUUUGAAUUGACAUAUUUUUGGAGUUUAUGAGGACUAAUAUCCAGCAGAAAUUCGAUAACCCUAUCAUUGAAAAACAAGGAAUGCUCUCUGAAGGAAAAGUGGGCAUGGACAGGCUAAUCGAAGCACUUCAGUGCAAUAUGUGGCCUAAUAUGGUGAGGAAGCCUAUGGAUGAUCUCAAAGCUCAGAUGAUGAGAGAAUUACAGAGAGAGGAGGAAGAUGAGAAAAUAGAGGAAGUUAAGGAAGAAACUAUGAAUGAAGAAAAGACCUUGGAAGAGGAGAAACAAGAGACAAGUAGUGCAAAUGAGCUUAAAGAUGAGCAAAACUCUAAUAAGACUCCAGUAUAUUCAGAUCCUUUGAACCCCUUACUUCCUAUCCCAGAUUAUGCUAAGACUUGUCAUGAAACUAAUCCUAACAAUUUUGAGGAGGAAGAGCGAAACCUUGAUGAGCUUGGUUCCCUCAUGGCCCAGGUGAAGACCCUCAAAGAGUCUGUAAAGGGCAUGACACUAGAAGAAAGAAGGGAGAACGCAGAAAAUAUGAUAAAAAAAAUAGCUGGAUUCAUGAACCUCGGAGAUGAUGAAGACCUGUUCGACUCAGAUGAUGACCCAGAAUACAAUAAAAUCAUAUCAGCCAAAAUCGAUGAGGAGGAGGCCAAGAACAAAUUAAAGCCAUCUGAAGAAAAAGAGUAG